AUGACGUUAACCUCCUGGCUAACAAGCUCCCCCGAGCAACCCACCGAUACCACCGACCCCAACAGCUUCGCCUCCCUCGUCAACAAGAUGAAUCUCGCUGCCAUAAAAGCUGACGCCGAGAACAGCUACAAAGAGAAAUACCUACGACUCCGCAGGCAAGUCGAAUCAGACACCGUUCACAACGACCUUCGCGCUGAGAUCACCUCUCUCUUAGCCAAAAAGACCGAAUACGAGACCAAGCUCCGAGACACCGAGAAGGCGAAAACGAGCGCAGACAUGCAGGUCGUUGCCCUUGACCUUGUGCUCAAAGACACAAACGUGUACUACAAGUCCAAGCUAGAGACUUUAGAAUCGCAGACCAAGGUCUUCAAAGAAGAAAUUGAGAAGCUGAGGAAAGAUAAGCAGGACAUGAGAUGUUUGCUUUCAUUGCACGGGAUUCGUGUACCAGCGCAGGAUUCCACGAAUGAAGACAAGCAAACUUCGCAAUCUGAAUGUGCCCCCGAGCUAACGGAUGAUAGCGAUAUGGACGAGGCGGAUGAACUUGGUCUUGACAAGUCGGCCACGGGUCCAGAGGAAGUUUGCCCGCAUUGGUACAAUCAUGGUACGUGUAGUCGGGGUGGUGGUCAUGCACGCGGAGCGUGUGAGCUUGGUGCACAUCCAUACCUUAUUGGAUUUGGUACGCAUGUGAAGGAGUAG